AAUUUUUGUUCAUUUUAGUGAUCAAUUCAAUUCUUUUUGUUUUAUUUCAACCCAAAAAAAAACAUACAAACCAACAAAUAAAAAAUGAAUAUAAUUCAAAAAAUCUGUGAUGGAAUCUGGUAUUGUUUACAUCAAUAUUGGAUCGAUGAAGCCGAUCAACGUACUAAACAUUUACCAAUGUUUGAUAAUGGUCUUGAAAUUCCAUUAUUAUUAUUAUUAAUUUAUCUAAUUUUUGUUAAAAUAAUUGGUCCAUGGUUUAUGAAAAAUCGUAAACCAUUCGAUUUAUUUUUACCAAUGUUAUUAUAUGAUUUAUUUAUGACCAUUUCAAAUGGUAUAAUAUUUUUUUCAAUAUUAUUAUUUCAUAUUGAUUUUGGACGAAGAUUUUUAUUAUUUAAAUUUCCUGAUCGUAAUGAUUAUUCUAUUCAAACAAUGAAUGAAAUUAAUAAUGGUUAUCUUUGUUAUCUAACACGUUGGGCUGAUCUAUUGGAUACAGUAUUUUUUGUUCUACGAAAAAAACAACAACAAAUAACAUUUUUACAUCUUUAUCAUCAUACAUUAGUACCAAUAAUUGGUUGGAUGGUAUUGAAAAUAACACCAUUAGCACCUGUUGUUAUAUUAUUUUUUAUGAUAAAUUCAUUUAUUCAUAUGAUUAUGUAUUUAUAUUAUGCAUUAGCUGCAUUUGGUAAUCGUUUUCGUAAAUAUCUUUGGUGGAAAAAAUUUAUAACACAAUUACAAUUAAUACAAUUUCUUAUAUUUGGUUUUUAUUCAAUUGUUAUGUUAUUUUUAGCCAAAGGUUUUCCAUCAUUUAUUUUUUGGUUAGGUUUUGCACAGAAUCCAUUCUUUUUCUAUAUGUUUUAUGAUUUUUAUCGUAAAUCAUAUUUGAAUAAAAAUAAACAAAAUAGCAACAGUAAACGAUAA